CUGUCUUGAACCACUGUGCUCAGGGGAGAGCGCGAACGCAGUCCCCCACUACCAGAAAUUAUGCAGUCGAGAUUCCCACAUUUGGGGAGUUCGCAGACAUCUGCCCACUGAACGUGCAAUGUAAACUGUAGACUGUAGACUCUUGUCCAAUGAAAAGCCGCGAUUGUCUACAGUUUGAUUAGACCCUGGGCCAAUCGGAGGGCUGCAUUGUCUAAAGUUUCAAAUCACGGCCAAUCAGCGCUGAGGAUUUUCUAAAGUUUCUCUCACUCUGGACGCUCACAAUUUAUUGGGUCAGAGAGUUCAUCUGCUGUCGAGAUAAAAUCAUAUGCUGAAGUGAUUUCGUGUGGUAAGUUAUUUUUAUACUGUUAUAUUGAUGCACAGUAUGUUUUGGUCAAGGCACGUUUGAAAUAUCUCACUCUUUGUGCAGUAUUCGUGAGGCUGCGCCUUCAAAAAGUACACCUGUCAUAGAGAUUUUGUGUGAUAAGUUAUUUUUAUACUGUUAUAUUGAUGCACAGUAUGUUUUGGUCACAUCACGUUUGAAAUAUUUCACUCUUUGUGCAGCAUUUUGUCUGUGUUCGUGAGGCUGCGCCGUCAUAAAGUACACCUGUUGUAGUGAUUUAUAGUGUGUUUGGUCUGUGCUGGUGACGCUGUGCCGUCAGAAAGUUCACCUUUCCAAGAUAUUUCGUGUGGUGAAUUAGACAUGGAUCCACUGUUGCCCACCCUGAGCAUCGUUGACACCAGUGUGCCACAGGACAGACAACAGUGCUUUCUUAAAGCAUCGAAGGACGCCAAGACCCUGGCCUCUCGCAACAGGUGCUUCGAGCGGAACACUAGCCAGGACAAAAAAACUGCUUGUGAGGAAGCUAAAAAAAGAUGCCAGCACAUUACUUGUGCGCCAUCUGAGGUCCAGUAUCUCGGCCAGCUCAUUCUAAACUUUGGCAAGUACAAUGGACAAAGUUUUAAAUGGCUGGUGGAGAAUGACGUUGGCUACAUUAAAUAUGUGCUGGAUCUACACAUCAAGGAGCGUCGCCAUCAAGGAAGAAAAGAGGGCCCAGGUGAGUAUAUAAAGGACCUUCUGUUACAGUAUGUGCAACUGUUUCCACAGGUUUCCUGCCACCUCGAGGUCAAUGUCGACAGUGCCAUCUACGGUCAGGGCCGCUUCAGAUCCUUCACGUUCCUGGAGAUGUGGCAGUGGUACAGCCUGCACAAGACCCUGCAGGCGGAUCCACAAGCUGGUAGUGCCCAAGAAAAGAAGAUGGCACAGGAGGCGUUCUGCUCUGUGCGGCAGUGGCUGACGAUGAAGGAGGAGGACAUCAGCGUCAAGACACUGAAGCGGUUCCGGCAGUACAUUCUCAACAAAGAGAAACCCCUAGAAGACAGGCCUCUUCCUGCAGCGGCCGCCAGCUCCAGCUCGUCGGGAUCUAGAGGUGAUGGUGGAUGGGCGGAUGAUGCGCUACUGGUGGAAGCCCUCAGUGCUUUCGAAGCACAAGCAGUUGAGGACAAAGGUGGUCUGCCGAAGAAACCACUCAGCUUCCCUGAAAGACAAGGAGCCGGGGAAGCAAAGAGAAGAAAACGUUCCUGUGAAGAUCUGUCACAGAAGCCACACUCAGACUCUCCACUGUCUGCUGCUCCUGCGUCGACUUCUUUAUUGGAGGCUCCUGCAUCAGCCUCAUCAGUUCCUGGCCAGUCUUCUUCAUCGGCUCCUGCAUCAGCCUCGUCAUUUCCUGCCUCUGCUUCUUCAUCGGCUCCUGUAUCAGCCUCGUCAGUUCCUGCCUUGGCUUCUUCAUCGGCUCCUGCAUCAGCCUCGUCAUUUCCUGCCUCUGCUUCUUCAUCGGCUCCUGCAUCAGCCUCGUCAGUUCCUGCCUUGGCUUCUUCAUCGGCUCCUGCAUCAGCCUCGUCAGUUCCUGCCUUGGCUUCUUCUUCGGCUCCUGCAUCAGCCUCGUCAGUUCCUGCCUUGGCUUCUUCUUCGGCUCCUGCAUCAGCCUCGUCAGUUCCUGCCUCGGCUUCUUCAUCGGCUCCUGCAUCAGCCUCGUCAGUUCCUGCCUCGGCUUCUUCAUCGGCUCCUGCAUCAGCUUCUGUGUCAGCUUCUGACGUUCAAACUAGAAGGUCAUCUGGUGGGUCAACACACAGUGACCCAGCACAUUCUGAGGUGUUAUUUGAGGGUUGGCACAAGAUGUGGGAGUCUGGUCUUCAUGGGCUGCCCAGUGCAGACAUACUGUGGCUUAAGGAGGAUGCUGAAAGGGGACUCUUUCAGAGGGCCAUGUCUUAUAAAGACAAACAUGGAAACAGAAAGUGGAGGAAAGUCCUGAAGGAUGACCGGAUGUGGUUUCACCCUCCAGAAUUUCCUGGAGUGGUGGAAGGAAAAGUCCCCUCAGCAGACUCCUUUUUUCACAGCUCCGUUUUUUUCUGGAGACCAGUCGGUGUGUGGCGUUACAGUCUUCGGUGCCCAAGGUCUGACUGCCCAGCACGCACCAAUCAGAAGGCUUUUCUCUACCGUUGUGGGUAUUCAUCCACGGUAAGACAGAUCUGCCACAUGUCUGGCUGGUACUCCAUGCUGACUGAGGUCCUGGCAUGCAACGCCUGUAGAAAGGCUGCAAAGGAGUCGGAAGAGCAUACUAUUGGUCGUUUCCUGUCAUGGGAUCAGUGCAUCCUUAAUCAGCUCAGUCCAGCUCACAGAGCGGUGUUUCCUGCUGUCUUGACGCUACGGCGUGGCGUGGACAAGCAGGUGAUCCGCCUGAUGAGGGAUCGCACUGAGGGAAACACCAUGGUGAAAGUUUGGAGACAGGUGCAGGAGAGCCACUGCGAGGACUAUCUGCAGAGAAAGGACUUGUACACCACUCUUCUCAGCCAGUACAACAAACCUGGGAAGAUCACUCGGAGUUUGUGCCAGCAGUUCCAGCGACCACCAGCACGGAGAGAGCCGCCAUCUGCCAGACUGAUGAGAAAGGCGUUCCUUAUCUCAGAGGCAGAUAACAUCGAGGACUACCGUACUCAGAUUAUGUCCACAUUUGGGCAAGUCCUGAAGUACGACUCCACCAAGAAGAUCUGCAAGAAACUCUCUGGCGAUGGAAAAGGCACUGCAGAGUGGUGUACCAAUGUGGCCAACGAGCAGGGGCAGAUCCUCAUAUCUGUUCUCACCUGUGAGGAGUCAUUGGAGAAGAUGAGGCCGAUGGCUGAAGGCCUCAUGGAGAGGUACAGGAGAGCUGACGAGGCACCGCCCGAACUCAUGUAUGUGGAUCGUGGCUGCUGUCGCGUCCACGCUGUGUCCUCGGUUGAGCAGCUCUUCAGUGACUGGACGGACAGGGGCAUGCUGGUACGGCUGGACAUCUUUCAUUGGAUCCAUCGAUUCGAUGCAGCCCUACGGACAGAUCAUCAUCCAAAGUAUGCCCUGUUCAAGUCUGCCCUCUCUGCUGCCGUCUUUGCCUACAACAAAGACGACAUGGCUCUUCUGGUACAGGCGAUACGUGCCGGUCACCCAACCAACUAUGCCUCCCUGACUGACAGCCAGAUCAUCGAGCUGCGUGUCAGUAAAUAUGACCUCAGCCAUUACGUCAGGAGGAUCACAGUUGGUGCACAGGAAACAUGUGCGCGCGUGCAGUGCGCCAUUGAUCUCCUGAAGGGAGCCGCAGGGAUGGAUGAGAACCAGGUGCAUCUGUUUAAGGACUCUGCAGCCAUCGACCACGUCUGGGAGAACCAGCAGAAGCACCUUGAAUGCAUCCAGGAUCCACCAGGGAGGAACAUGUACACCAUCACCAAGUAUGUGACCCGUUACGGUGUUCGUCUUGCGCGGUACAGUACGGUGAGAGGAAGCAACAGUCUGGAGGGCUUUCAUUCCUUUCUGCCUGACAUGAUCCCGGGACCCCACUGUGCUGCUGUCCCGUUUCAAGUCUAUCUGCUGGCUGGCAUCGCACGCUGGAACUCUAACAGGGAGUCAGCCAGCGUCCAAGGGCGGAAAGGGAGGAAACAUAUGGUGUACAUGUCUCCUCUGGUCCAUCGCCUAAACCAAAGGUGCCAGGAGCUAUUUGGGGAGGUGGAGGAGGCAAACUACAGGCCUCCGGUUCCUGCUGGUGAUGAGCGCAUUGGUCUGGAGUACCUGUUUUCCCAGUCCUCAGAGCCCUUCAGUGCUCCUGAUCAUUACGCUCAGACUAGAGAGACACUUCAGGCAGAUGAGGAUGAGGACGAAGAUGUUCCGGCUGGGGUGGCAGAGGAAGAGGAAGAGCUGCAGGAGGAAGAUGAUGAUGUGGGCUACUCCUCAGACCGCGAGAGGGACAGCCUGACUCCUCUGAGGAACCGUCUGUGCCUCACCGAUCAGGCAGUGGCUGCUGAAUUUGACCCCUGUGUGGAGGACGUGUGCGGUCCCAAUCAUCUGCCUGGGUACCAGCACGUAGAGGAUCUGUGUAAAGUCCUUGUUGAGAUCGCCCUGGAGGAAGGAAAACUUGCCCUAAAUGAGUCGACCAGGCAAAAGGUCAUCAGCGCCUGGAACAAGCUUGACCUCCAUGACCGCAGCAUCCAACAAUUCGACAGCCUCUACUCUGCACGCUGGGGCAAUGCUCUGUUUGGCCGCACCAGUGGAGAUCCGACUGAGGCGUCCCUGGUGCAGAAGCUCAAGUUCAGCAAGCGGUACUCAGCCGCACACUUGGUGGACUCCAGAAAGAACCGGCUGAUGUACUGCCUGGUCAAACAGCUGUGGCUUCAUCCUGGUGUUGGAGGAAAAGCUAAAGGGUCACCGCUGAAACAGCAGAUCACUAAACUGUACCAGCGUGUGCAGCAGAGAGUGACGGUGGACGAUGAUCAGCUCAGCAAACUUGGGAUUCCCAUCCUGAAAAUAAAUUCAAAGUGCGUGAGCGAGUUCAUCAGGAGGCAGGAGGCACUGUCAGCCACAAACGUCACCGACCAGGGUCUGUCUGUCCUCCGUCGUCACCAGAGCGUCUCCAGCACCAGCCAGCCCCCCGCUGAGGAGCUUCCAGAGGAAAGACCCCAUACCAGCCGGCCUGCAGUGCAGUAUCCCAUCACCACUUCUCUGGCCGGCACCCGAAAGUUGAAGCAAAGGCUCCCGCAAAUCUUACCUGUCCCUCCCUCUGCUCUUGCUCAACCAGUUCCUGCGCCGGCCCAUUCGAUGCCCGCAGGACUCCGGCACACACACACUCCGCUGACUGCACCUCCCGCUGUUUCCUUGCCGCAGGCAUCCACUCCGCUACUGUUGCCCUCAAGAUCAACAGUCUACAAGAGGAAAAAGGCAGAACUCAGUGGCUCUGGACAUCCAACCUCAGUGAAGGUUUACAUCUGUGCUCUGUGUGGCCAACCAACUCAAGGCCACAAGAAAUACAGAAAGAAGAGCUACUGUGAGAGCUCCAAAGCCUCCACGUCCACAAACCUUGCUGGGCAGACGUUUGACUGUUUUGAAGACUUUAAAAGGGCUGUGGACGUUCUCUUGGGCUCUCAGUCUCAGGCCUCCGAGUCUGUCUAACUGGACCUCUAUCCAUGUUGCGGUUCAUAGUUCUUGACUUGUAACAGUAUUAUUGUUGCAAAAAUGGAUAUGUUAUAAUAACAGUUGAUUUUUUAAAAGUUUACAGGUUUUUACGGUUUGCACUAAUUUGUUGACUGUAUUUUACACUUAUUGUUGCACAAAUGUUCGCAAUAUUAACAGUUGACUGUUUCAGAGUAUACAUCGUUUUAUACUAAUUUGUAGAUUGUAACUUAUUGUUAAUUUACAAAAGUUAAGCUUUUUUUACAGUUUGCACUAAUUUGUUGAUUGUUGUAGAAACAAAUUUUAUAUUAACAUUUGACUGUUUAAGUUUACAGUGUUUUACACUAAUUUGUUGAUUGUUGUAACACUGUUUUGUUCCAGAAAUGUAUGUUAUAUUAACAGUUUAUUGUUUUACAGUU